UCUGGGGAAGGGGCUUAUUAGUAUAUAUCUUGCAGUGCAAUGAUGACAUUGUGUACAGCCAAUGUAAAAAGCAUGAGUACUUCAUUGAUGAAUAGUACAUUUUGCUCCGUUUUGUGUGGCGUGCACACAGCAUGUCAAAGGAAUUUGGAGGAAUACAAAAGGAGCCGUCUCUCUCAGGUCUGUUAUCUGUUAUAUUUAACCUGCAGCUGUUUUAAAGAAGAAAAAAGAGAGUGAAGACAGCAAUGGGUACAAUGCGAGCCAGAAGCUAUGUUUUUGAUAAAGAGGAAAUAUUAUCAGAGGGAAGAAACAAGAGAGCGCUGUAGGUUAACUCAUCAGUGAACUUGAAAACAAGGUUUUCACAACCGAGAUGGCCACCUUUGACAACACAAUAACCAACCUCACCAACUUCAGUGACUUCUACUGUCCCUUUCAAGAGGAUUUUAAAUAUAUUCUUCUUCCUGUCAGCUAUUCCCUGGUCUUUGUAAUCGGCCUGGCUCUGAACACCACAGCGUUGUAUGUGAUUGUGUUCCGCACAAAGCGCUGGAAGCCCUCCACCAUCUACAUGUUCAACCUGACGAUGUGCGACACACUCUACAUCCUCACUCUGCCCUUCCUCAUCUAUUACUAUGCAGAUGAGAACGACUGGCCCUUCAGUGAACCGUUCUGCAAGAUCAUACGCUUCCUGUUUUAUGCAAACUUAUAUGGUUCCAUUCUGUUCCUGUGCUGUAUUAGUCUGCAUCGCUUCGUUGGCAUCUGCUAUCCGGUGCGCUCCCUCAACUGGGUCAGUGCUCGCCAGGCCAAGCUGGUGUCUGUGGCCGUGUGGGCCUGUGUCUUAUUCUGCCAGGCACCUAUUCUCUACUUCUCAAGAACUAGGGAAGUGGAGAAUGAACGGAUCUGCUACGACACCACCAGCCCAGAGCUUUUUGAUGACUUCCUGGUAUACAGCUCAGCCGUGUCCGUGCUCAUGUUUGCCCUGCCGUUCAUGGUGGUGAUGGUGUGCUAUGGCCUCAUGGUGCGGAAGCUUCUGGAGCCUGGCUGGGGGUCUGAAGGUGGCUCUCUGGGAGCACAACGCACCAAGCAGAAGUCAGUGAAAAUGAUCAUCAUCGUCUUGGCAGUGUUCAUGCUCUGCUUCCUGCCUUUCCACCUCACCAGGAGUCUUUACUACUCAUUUAGAUACCUAAGGCAGGUCGAUUCAACACAGAUCAGCUGUAGGUUGUUGGAAGCCUCCAGUGUGGCCUACAAAGUGACCAGACCUUUGGCCAGCGCCAACAGCUGUGUGGACCCCAUCCUUUACUUUCUGGCUGGGCACGACGCCCGCAGUACCCUCAGUAAGAAAAAGCCGUCUUCAUCAAAAUCAAGAAGGGUGGGCCGAACCUUAACAACAGAACUCUGAUCCAAUGCGUGAAACAAUUUGGAAGAAAGCUGAACACUGUCAGGACAACAAUGACAGUUCUUAUUGCAGGUUUCUUUUGGUUGACCCAGCACCACAUCCACUGACACAGAUUUCAUUCAGAUUUGCGUAACAAAUAGAAAUGCAUGUUCAGAUUUGACCAAAUCAAAUAUGGGCAAUACAGUGUUAAAUAAUUUAACUUAACAUCUAAGUUGUGUUGUUCAUUUAAUGGACUUAAACAAAUAUUUUGUGAGAGGACGUAAAUAAACUACACUGUGCUUUGCAGCUGUACAUUUUUUGGUAAAGAUCCUACUGGACAACUGCUGCACCUGAUGUUUUUGCAUAGACAAAAGUGGGUUUACCUCUGCUCACCUUUCUUUUCACAUAUCAGACAAAGAACGUAAAAAUAAUUAGUCUGUGGCUUUUAAAAUGAAUACUUUAGACGCUAAAUGACUCACGCUUGUCAAUGUGUGUGUAAAUAGUUGGCGAAACAGCAUGUCUCUUGAAGUGAGCAUACAACUGGAAAAACAAGACUUUUAUUAUACUGUACGAGUUGCGAAAACAUUUUUAGCGGAUGUCAGUUUGUGUCCAAAUAUGAAGGAAUUAAAUAAAUUGUGUUGUUGUUGAUGUAUAGAUUUUGACAAAUGUGUGGUUAUACAUUUUUUAUAAUUUGUCUAAUGUACUAUACUGAAUUUGUUUAAUAUCCAUGUCAUUUCAUCUAUUGAACACCAUGCCACCACUAGAGGGUGACACUGUCUAACAAACAUGCAGGUCAUUGCUCACGAUGCUUUAGAACACAUUUUGAGUUUUUAUAGUCCAUAAUUUUUUUUCGCACAUCUGUACCUCACAUAUACCAACAGCAGCCAACAGUAGAUAACACAUUGGUAUACACCACCAGCAAGAACAACAAAGAAGAUAGCAUCUAAAAUACACCUCUUCUUUAUUUUAACAGUAAAAACAUCAUACAGAAAAAAAGUCAUAUUAUAAAUGCAAUUCUACAAAGUUGAUGAGAUGAAUGUGUUUUUUGAAUCCUUCCUACCAGCAACACUUCAGCAAUAAUAGUCCUAUAAUAAUAGUAAUAAAAACAGAAAAAAAUAAACUGCUGCAACCAAUACAUAUGCAGUCCAUCCAGACAUGUUGACAUAUUCCUUGUAACAAAUGAAGUUAAUAUGUAAAUGAGUGGCCUCUAUGAUUAUAGUAAACUCUUACAGCCAUGAAGAUGUAAACUGAAGCCAACUCGACUGCAUAACUUUGGUGUAACUCAACCACUAAUCCUGCGCAGCCACUGGUUGGUUAAUUUAAUUAAACUGGAAUAAAAUAUGAUCGUGUUUUUUACAGUUAUGAAAAUUGCAUAACUUGAGUCUGGCUAUGUGUACUGUAUGAAUGUGGUUGAGAACGUUUUAAAAGCUCAUGACUAAAACAGUGAAACUUUGCACUCAAAUUGUGACAAAUCAUAUAGGUGCGGAAGCUAUAUGAUGUUGAUGAACCAGCAAUUCAGCUUAUAUGCAUGAUGGUGUGACAGGUUUCAUGUUUUUUUAAUGAUGGACUACAAGGGUCACUUAUUGCUGCAGUGCAGUCGUCUCUUACCUUAUACAUAGUGUAUGCUAAAAUUAUAAAAAGCUGUAUGUCUUUUUUUACCCACCCAUAUUUACAUAUGUACAUUCAUUUACAAGUUCUAUUCUACAAAGUAAUAUCUAUCCAUCUCAUUUUUUCAGUUGGAGUUCAGCCUCUUACUGCCGUUUGGGAUGCAGUGAUGUAAAAAAAAAGAUUGCUGUCAUAAAGUAUUAGUGGCCCACUCUGAGAGGAACUUUUGGCCCCUGAUCACCUACUUGUGUCUAGUCUAAGAGCUUUAAAGUUGCAAACUUUCACUGAUCUCAGUGAGUGCAUCUUCUGUUAAGACUACAUUCAUCUUUUUCAAAUCCUAUAUGAGCGGAAGAAGAGGAGCUAUUUUACUAAACUUAUAAUAAAACAAUAUUUAAAACAACAAUAUGGUGUUUAGUUUCAUAACAUUUUGUUCGUAUAAUACUUUCUGUAGUGCUAUUGAAGUCUUAAAUCAAGUGUCUAACACUCGUAGUUUGUAUACUUGAUUGCAGACUACUUGGCUUAAUAUUUCCUCUCUUUUAAAUGUAGUAUACACAGUUCAGCUUGUUUCAGACUCACUGCUGUAUUAGUCUUGUCAUUUGGUCAGUUAAGUAUUCCACAUUUUUUUGUCCUCUUCACACAAGUCUGUCUACAUGCAAUGUGUUUUACCCCUGUGUCCAUUUCCUUCUGUGGAAACACAACUAUAGUGGCUGAGAAUGUGUUUUUCUUACGAUCCAAAAUGAUCUUCUUUGUUUUUGUCUCUCAUCCUUCCUUCUAGUGUCGGGAAUUGACACUCUGGUAUUUAAAAAGCUUCACUCUCCACUUUCCCUUGUCAUUGGGAAAGUAUAGUACACUUUUGUUGUCAUGUAAUAAUAAAUACAGUUUUCUUUCUCCUCA